CCUUUUAAUUCCCGUUAUAAGAGUGUUUGAGACGGCUCAGUUUAAUCGGAGAGAGACACAUGCAGUGAGAAAGCAUAAGAUUCUGGGUUCAUCUGAGAAGAGAUAAAGGGUUGAAAGAAAUCAGAGAGAGAUGGAAGCAUCAGUGGCUGAGGUAGAGAGAAUCUUAUGCUACAGAUUCAAAAACCGGAAGCUUCUAGAAGAAGCACUCACUCAUUCAUCUUUCACCGAAGAUGUUUCUUACGAGCGUCUUGAGUUUAUCGGAGACCCCAUUAUCGGUCUCGCAAUCAGCAACCACCUUUUUGUUACCUACCCAAAGCUCGAUCCUGGCCGUCUGUCUAUCCUCCGUUCCGCCAACAUCAGCACCGAGAAGCUGGCACGCGUUGCCGUCCGCCACGGCUUUCACCGCUUCAUCCGCCACAGCGCUCAGCCCCUCAUGGACCAGGUCUUGCGCUUUGUGGAGGCAGUUGCCCGGGAGAAUCAUUCCGUUGUGUCGCACGGUGGAUCCGUUAAGGCGCCUAAGAUCCUCGCUGAUAUCGUCGAGUCGAUUGCAGGAGCUGUAUACGUUGAUGUGGCAUACGACCUGGAGAUACUCUGGAAGUAUUUUAGAAAAAUUUUGGAGCCCAUAGUGACAGCAGGUGAUUUGGAGCAACAGCCUCAACCGGUGUCGACAUUAUUUGAAAUAUGCCAGAAAAGGGGGAAGCACAUUGAUUUUAAAUAUGUGCGAACCAAAACAUCGACUAUAGCUAAUGUGUUUGUUGAUGGACAGUUUAUAGCCUCUGCUUCCUCUUCCCAAAAGGAUCUGGCCAAACUUGAAGCUGCCAAGAUUGCUUUGGAUAUACUACCAUCUUUGGUUCCUCCCACCAGUAAGCCUUGCAGCCGUGAGAUACCGCUAAACUUUUCUACUGACGAAGAUGGGAACACGAUUGUUGAAGCAGCUAAACAUAGACUAAACGAAUACUGUGAGAAUAAAAAAUGGUCUAAGCCAGUAUACAGGGUUGAGAAGGAUUCGGGUCCCUCUCAUGAUAGGAGAUUUGUUUAUUCUGUUGAGAUAAAUAUCGCAGAAGAGGGGCGGGUCCUUCAAGCAUCUGGCUACGAAAAAUCUAGGGUGAAGGAUGCACAAAACUCUGCUGCUUCAUCGAUGCUUUUGACCUUAAUUGGGAGGUAAUCACAGAGGAUGAGAGUGGUGUUGUAAUUCUUUUAGGUGACUCCCAUCUCCUAUUGCAAUCUCUCAACGUCAUCUCCUGUUGUAAUCUGUUAUUGUUGUGCGUCAUCUCCUGUUGUAAUCUGUUAUUGUCUUGCGUCAUCUCCUAGUGUAUUCUGUUAUUGUUUUCACAUUAGCUGGCUUAACUUCGCAUUUAAAAACAGGGUCUGUUGUUGCUUAGCACUUCGUUUGGCAUUUGAGUUUGGUCAUCUUAUUUAUAAUUGGCAAUGAAUCAUGAAUCUGAAUAUUUAGUUCUGGCAA